AUGUCCACCCCAAGCGACCUUCAGGCUCUCUUCGCGAGCAUGAAGCAGCCGCGCCCUGCGCAAUCUCAAGAAGCUCAGGCCGCAGCUUAUCCUCCACCGGGAUAUCGGGCAGGCAACCCGCAAUCCGAUGGACAGAGAUUCGGUAUGCAGUCGCAAGGAUAUCCUUUCCCUCAUGGCUAUCAUCAUCCAUCUGUCUCCUCGCCUGUCUACACUCCUGGUUCCGUGAGUACGCCUCCACACCAUGCCUCAGACAUCCUCAGUCCGAACGUGCCAACUCCACGCCCGGACCAACAACCGCAGCAGCAACGAACAGCUAGCGCCGACCAGGCCAUGAGCCUCCUCAAUCUUCUCAAGUUCAGCCAAAAUAAACCAAGCUCACCACAGCCUUCAGCCGCUGUUGGUUCGUCGCCGUCUCUUUCAGCAACUCACCACGAAGGUGGUGCCUCCGAAACCCAACCCUCUCAUUCACGGACUAUCUCAGCAUCGGACCUUGUUGCUUCAUUCAUGGCCAAACCUGGUCCUCCCUCUACCCAUCCUCCUGCCCCAGGUCCGUCUGCUGCGCCACCUGCUAGCACAGCCGCAGAAACACAGGAUAUGCUCAUGCGUCUUUUGAACCGCUCUCAGGCUAAGGUUGAAGAGGGUAGUCGUGCCUCUCAAGAGUAUGAGACCACGACGACAUUCGGAAACGCAAGCCAAGCUACUGGUCAGCAAUCCAUGCAUGUUUUUGGCUCCGCCGACAAGGAAACCUCCAGCUUUGAAGCCCCAAAGAAGGCUAGUAUCUUCACUUAUGUCAAUCCUUUUGAACAAUUGGCCGCCGCCUCACCUCGUCGGACCCCACAACCCAAGACCCGUAGCGACACCCCCGCAACAGAGGCUUCCGCUCAUCGUCAAACCGAUACUAGUGCCGUUCCGGAAGAGCAUGUCAAACGUGCAUCGCUGGGAACAGCCCGGAAGACGAGUACUACUGCUGAUGAGAAGCCUUCGGACGAAAAGGAAACGGUUUCCAAGGCGGUCGAUCAACUCGCUGGACAACUAGAUCGAGAGGUGGAGGAUGCUUUGAGCCGAGUCAAUUUCGGAGAGGCAGUACCGAGACCCAAAGCGGAGGAGGCUGUUGAAGAAUUUGUGAAUGCGGUAGUGGAAGAGCUUCCAAACACCGCAGCUGAAGUGAAGAAAGAGUUUGAGAAGCAAGAAAAGACCGGUACAAUUGAUGAAACCAUUCCUGCAGAAUAUGUUUCGACUGUUAAAGAAGUGGUUGACGAAGCUGCUGAAGGCAAACUACUCAAAAACCUUGCCGCAGAUGAGAAGCUUGCAGACAGCUGGGAAAGUGCCGAAGACGGUGCGGACAAAACUGACCAGCGCAUUGUUCGUGUUUUCAACUUCCCUCUGCGACCAUUCAUCUCAAUUAGUCUCAAGCCGCAUACGGGCAAACUCCCUGCGGUCCGUGAUGAUGGUAUCAUGGAUGUUGCACGUCUUAAAAAAGAAUUUGAUCAGCUCGACCGCUGCUUGACCUCGGCAACUGCUCAAUAUAUUGUUUAUGCUCUAGCAAAGAAUGGUGGACUACGUAUCAUCCGUCAAGACGAUGGUCGCGACAAGCAGGUAUUCCGAUUCGCUCGGGACCGCCUUUUCAAUGUCGCACUGAGCAACUCUGCAGCAAACAGCACCAGUGCCACCAAAGAUCAAGCCAUCAUUGCGAUUGGCGUUAGUGGGACCGUGUAUUGGGCACCAGUCUUCCAAGGAGAUAAUGACUUGUUUGAAAUGGACGCACUGGAAAGUGAAUGUCUCGUUUUCCCUCCAUACCCUGCCUCUGACGAGAACACAUCUGGUGGGCAGCUGAAAACGCGCGCUAAACCCAGCUCUCGUCAUCCGGAAUUCUUCGGUAUUGGUCGCGGGAAAAACAUCUACAUUGUCUCUCCUCAAUAUGCGGCCCAUCCUAGCUAUGGAGUAUCUGGGUCGCAACGUACUGUUGAUACUGAAAAGUUCUUCAAAGAGCGUGCGAUGAAGAUCUCCACGGGUAAAGCAGGCAAGGACUUUACCUUUAGUGAGGAUGAUACUGUUGUAGCGUCUCUCGACAAGACUGGUCGGUUGCGAUUCUGGGAUAUCCAAGAAGUUGGUCAGACCAUGGACGGUUCGCAGCCACCUGAAGUCCGUGUGCCUCUGACUACGUUUGUCACCGGCUCGCCAAAUGAGAAGUCGUGGCCCACCUCUGUUCAAUUUAUUGAUAAAUUGCGCCCAUUCGUGAAAGCCGUUGCUCUUCGUUAUGUUCUCGUUGGGCUUAAGCAGAAUCACACACUUCAGCUCUGGGAUAUUGGGCUUGGAAAGGCAGUCCAGGAAGUCAACUUCCCACAUGAGAAUGAGUCCGAUGCUAUCUGUAGCGUUGCCUAUCAUCCUUCGUCUGGCAUCAUUGUUGUCGGCCACCCUACAAGGAAUUCUAUUUAUUUCCUUCAUUUAUCUGCACCGAAAUACAACUUGCAUCCUAUGUCUCAAGCAGAUUAUAUCAAACGCGUCACGGAGAAGGAUACUUCUUUGCCUAAGCCUGAGUCUACAGCCUGCUUGAGUGGCAUUCGUGAAAUCUCCUUUGCUUGCAAAGGCCAAUUGAGAAGUUUAGAUAUCCUCCCUCUCAGCAAAUCGAUGGGUGCACAACGUGCUUCGGAGGAAGAGGCUGGACUUUUUGAAAUCUAUGCUAUGUAUUCACGCGGCGUUACUUGUCUGAAUAUCAGGAAAGAAGACCUCGGCUGGACUCCAGAUAACAAGAUCAUCGAGCCAAUUGAUGCACUGAGUGAGGGCUAUAUCGAAGUCAAGGAUCUACUAUCGUUCCCUACUUAUAUUAUUGAUGAGCCUUCUGUGAAUGGAGAUUCAGUUACUAGCAGUGCACAGAAGCCAUCGGCCAAGGACGGCGCUAGGAAGGCAUCCGAUCUUGCUGUUGACGCUAUAUCACAUGCGGCUGCUUCUAGAACUACAUCGCCAGUCAAACCCUUGGGUAAAUUGUCGGCUGACGAACAGUCAGAGGUGACUAGUGGCACUGACAAAAAGAAGAAAAGAAAGGACAAAGCCAAGGAUGUUAGCAAACCAUCUGGAGCGCAUGAUCUGUCCAAAUACUUCACUCCGGCCAGGUCUACUCAGCAGGAAGAAGAAACUCCAAUUGGAGGACAGACCUUGGUUACGGACACAAAAGCUCAGACAGAACCUACUACAGGCUUGGCUAUUCCUAGUGAACUAAUCAAAGAUGUUCAGAGAGGCGUCUCAGCAGAGGUUGUCAAGGAGUUCAACCGCGAGUUCGAUGGUCUUCAGAAACGUCUUGAUGAGGAGCGUCGAGCUUGGGAUGCAGCAUCAGCCAGCAAGACUGAUCAAAUCCUUCGACUUGUGUCUAGUACCCUUGCUGACAAUGUCGAGAAGAGUCUAUCUCGCAUUAUCACUCAAAGUAUCGAAACCCAAGUUUUGCCUGCCAUUGUCAACUCUGCAUCCCUGGCAGUGGGUAAGCAGUUAGAGGGGGUAAUUUCCACGCAUUUCAGUCAAAACUUCCCACGUGAAUUAAGUCAGCGUCUACCAAGUUCCCUGACUCGUGCUGUCAAGCAACCAGAAGUGCUGCACUCAAUCUCGGAAGCAAUCGCCAAUUCUAGCACUUCUCGUAUGGAGGGAGAAGUAGCGAAAUUGGUGCAGAAUGUCAUCGCUCCUUCAAUCCAGGCGGCUAUAACUCGUCAAUCGGAAACUGUUGCACGAGAGUUUGAGCAGCAGUUUAAGGCUCAGUCGAAACACUACGAAACGCACCGCAAGCAUGACUCUGACAAGAUCGACCAAUUGAUUUCUGCGGUCCAAAGCUUGAAAGAGACUAUUGAUGUUAUGGCGACGUCUCAAGCUGCUCUGCAGGGCGAGGUUGCGGCAUUGCAGAAGCAGUUGGGAUCACGACGCGAGACCGUUUCUCCUCAACCUGUUCCUAUUCCUCAGCCUCCAGCACCUUCACAACCUACUGCGGAGGAGAUGGAAUUAACUGAUAUUACUCGUUUGGUUUCGGAAGGGAACCUCGAGGAGGCGUCUGUUAGAUGGUUGCAAUCAUCGCAGCAGGCCGAUCUCUUCGACAACUUUUUCGUCCGUCUGAACCCAGCCUACCUGGCUACAGUAUCGCCUAUUGUGUCGCUAUCUGUGGGAGUUGCAGUGACUACAGCUCUCUCGACGAAUGUGCAAGAGCGUUUAGCCUGGCUUGAAUAUUCUCUUCGAACCGUGGAUCUAGGUGAUUCUGAUAUCCGCGAAGUUGCACCCCAGAUCAUGAAUAUUUUCAUCCAGCGCCUCGAUGGACUUUACAGGGCUGUGGUAGAUGCGAAUCCGCAUGAUCCUCUUCUCCGCAAGAUUCCACCAUUGGUUCGUCGUGCUCGGGAACUCCGCGGUGUUUGAUAGAUGCUGGCGAUUCCCUGAUUUGCUUUUGUGGUUGUGUAUUUUCUACGUUGGUUUGUUCUCGCAUUUUUAAAAUCCUAU